UAUGCUUCUUCGCGACGCCCAGUCUUGCUGUAGCCAGGAGCUAGCGACCCGGAAGCUCAUUACGGGGAGAAACCGCCAUCUAGCCGCAUGUGUACGAGAGUGGAAACUUUCUGUAGCAGGCUGUAUUAGCGAAGGGCAACGCAGUGUGCUUGUGGUGCCUCUCCGGGCACUGAUUCGCUUGUGACCUGGCUUGGAAAACCACACGCUGAGAGCUGCCUCAGACAUCCAUUCCACUCUUAGAUCGUCACGGCAAAUGCUGGGGUUCCGGCCUUGGUCAUCAGCUUGACAAUGCCAACACCAUCUCAGGCCUCCUUCACGCGGUCGCCAAACGCGUCCCACCGCUCAUACGAUUCGUCUUCAGUAUCCUCCGCGACCUCCCCAAGGCCGACUUCGCAAUAUCUUGGAAGCUUGUCGGCCAACAGCGCGAGAUCUAGUGGCGGCCAUGCCGCUCAACAACACAGCGGUAGUAUAGGUCUCCCUGCUGCAGCUCAAUCGGUCUUCCACUCCUACAACCCCAGAGGCACAACACCAGUCGGAGGCAGAGAGUCCAUGGCUUCCAACGAGUCGGCCGGCGGCACGCCUGGCCUCUCCAACGCACAGCUAUCAGCCAAUGUCCAGGCUCAAAAGCGAGCCUAUCGCCAGCGACGAAAGGACCCUUCGUGCGAUGCCUGCCGAGAACGGAAGGUCAAGUGCGAUGCCACAGAGACGACGAGCUGCUCGGAAUGCUCGAGCCGCAAUGUGAAGUGCCAAUUCACAAAGGAAACUAAUCGACGAAUGUCGUCUAUCAAACAGGUGCAGGACCUUGAGAAGCAGGUGGACAAACUGAGAAGGGAGAACAGUCAUUUGAGGCGCACUGUUCAUGAUCAUGAUGGCCGCAUGGACAUCGAUGUUGACAUGAUGGACACGAGCACUGUGCCGCUUCCUGGCAUGGAGACAAGACCGAAGACGCGGCGACGGCCAACACAAUCCGCAGAUCAAACGCGAGCUAGGGCAAACUUUCGAGAUUUCUCACGAGGGCUCAUAAAACCUCCAGGACCGUUUCGGGGGCAGCCGACCACCUUCAUGUUUGAGCCGGUCAAGCCUCGAAUUCCAUCCAAGGCCUUGACCGAGAAGCUACUCGUGGCGUAUUACGGCGCCGUCCACCACGUGUUACCGAUUUUGCAUUGGCCAACGCUACAGCAUGCAGUCGAUGAGCUGUAUGUCGCCACCGACCUGAGCCGGGUCCCCAACUCCUGGCUUGCCAUGUUCUUCGCUGUUCUUGCAACGGGAAGCCUCUUUUGCGACGAGCCUCACCCGCAACGUGUACUGCAAGCCGGCCAGUUCCUGGAGGCAUCCAGGGGCUUAUCAGAUCCUUGGAAUAACGAUUUUAUACUUGAGGACGCGAGGGUGUUCUUCUUGACAGCCUUCUGCUUGAACGAGAUGAAUCUCAAGUCUGCCGCUUGGACUACUCUCGGAAGUGCGGUCCGGUGUGCCCAGGAUCUGGACCUACACCUGGAGGCCAGCACAAACUCGCGCGUGGAAACAGAUAUGCGAAGACGGGUAUGGUGGGCGAUCUACAUUAUGGAUCGAACACUGGGUUUGGAGAUGAGCCGCCCCUUCAUGAUCAAUGACGAGGACUGCGAUGUUCAACUGCCUGAGCCAUAUGAUGAUCACCAUCUUCAUUUCGAAGGUCCGGUCCACCCCUUAAACGGCACCGCUCUCACACAUUCGAUUCACAAAGUCAUCAAUGUCGUUCGUUCCUUUUCGGCAUUGCGGCAUGCCAUGUCGAGUACUACGAUUCUGCCAAAACAGCUCACAGCCCUCGAUGCGCAUUUGGCUUAUUGCCAGCGCCAGUUUCCGGCACCGUGCGACCCAGCCAGUGAUGCCAAAAUCGGGCCAUACAUGCUCGUUCCGCUGGCAUACCUUCUCAGUGCUCGAUUAGCGUUACAUCGUCACAACAUGGCACCCGAGUGCCCGCGCGAGCUCCGCGUCGACGCGAUUGAAGCAUGCACCGCGAUAUCCGCAGACACCGCGCUUCUCGUCGCCCGCACCCAAUCCCUCGAAGAUGUCGCCACCAGCCUUCUCACCGCCCACAUCUUUCGUUGCGUUCUGUUUUUGCUGCUUCGCGGCUGGUACGACCGCGCCUUGACUUGCAUUUUAGCCCUCAAAUCGAUCGACUGCCGUCGUGACGCAGCAAUCCCCUGCGGGCGAUACAUUGCCUUCUUUGUCUCCGUUCUGGCAAGCAGGCACUCAGAGGUGACUGGUCCGAGAUCAGCCCAGCCCGGCUAUCACGGAAAUGUGCCAUACGGCGGUGUACCCGGCCCAGUCUCAGACGCGCUACUCUACGACCAAGAGUUACUUACAUAUCUCAGUGCUGACCUGCAAGGCGGACUGGAGUCUGGCUGGGUUUGGGACCGCGCGGAGUCCGACAAUGCAACAAUUCUGCGACCAGUUGGUGGGGGGCUGGCCGAUCAUAACAACCGGACUGGCCUCACUACGGAUGAGCAACAAAGCUGGGGAGGGUGGGAUAAUCUGCUUGCUGCUGUGCGGGAUCUGGCUGCGACGAUGCCGAGCCCGAUCUCGACAUAUGCUGCACCACAACCUUUGCCACCGCUCAAGUUUGAAGCUGUUCCGAACCACUCACCAGCCUCCACUAUGAGACCUUUAGUGGACCACAGCGCUGGGAGACCGGUCGUCUCCGCGGAGAGCGGGCGAAGCACAGAGAGAAUCAGCAUUGCCAAUAUCAUCUAAGGGUCGUGGAAAUCUUGCGAGAUCUCGUCUCGCAUACUCUGAAUCCACGAUCUUAGCCCUUGAGAAGGCUGUGGUCGGAUUUGCAUCGACCCCACAACUUGUCGAAAGUGACGGAAUAAGCCGGUUCCGUUGGCCGUUCACGCAACCGCUUUCACUG